UUGAUAGAUCGAAAAUAUUUUUUCAAAAAUGUUGUUCCUGUUGAAGAUUAUGUACCUGCUGCAGAUGUUGUUCCUGCUCCAGAUGUUGUACCUGCUGCAGAUGUUGUUCCUGCUGCAGAUGUUGUUCCUGCUGCAGAUGUUGUUCCUGCUGCAGAUGUAGUACCUGCUGCAGAUGUUGUUCCUGCUCCAGAUGUUGUACCUGUUGCAGACGUUGUUCCUGCUCCAGAUGUUGUACCUGCUGCAGAUGUUGUUCCUGCUGCGGAUGUUGUACCUGCUGCAGAUGUUGUUCCUGCUCCAGAUGUUGUACCUGCUGCAGAUGUUGUUCCUGCUCCAGAUGUUGUACCUGCUGCAGAUGUUGUUCCUGCUGCGGAUGUUGUACCUGCUGCAGAUGUUGUUCCUGCUCCAGAUGUUGUACCUGCUGCGGAUGUUGUUCCUGCUCCAGAUGUUGUACCUGCUGCAGAUGUUGUUCCUGCUGCGGAUGUUGUACCUGCUGCAGAUGUUGUUCCUGCUCCAGAUGUUGUACCUGCUGCAGAUGUUGUUCCUACUCCAGAUGUUGUACCUGCUGCAGACGUUGUUUCUGCUGCAGAUGUUGUACCUGCUGCGGAUGUUGUACCUGCUGCAGAGGUUGUUCCUGCUACAGAUGUUGUACCUGCUGAAGAUGUUGUUCCUGCUGCGGAUGUUGUUCCUGCUGCAGAUGUUGUUCCUGCUCCAGGUGUUGUUCCUGCUGCGGAUGUUGUUCCUGCUGCGGAUGUUGAACCUGCUGCGGAUGUUGUUCCUGCUGCGGAUGUUGUACCUGCUGCAGAUGUUGUACCUGCUGCAGAUGUUGUACCUGCUGCAGAUGUUGUACCUGCUGCGGAUGUUGUACCUGCUGCGGAUGUUGUUCCUGGUGCGGGUGAUGAACCUGCUGCAGAUGUUGUUCCUGCUGCAGAUGUUGUACCUGCUGCAGAUGUUGUUCCUGCUGCAGAUGUUGUUCCUUCUACAGAGGCCGUACUUGCUGAAGAUGUUGUUCCUACUGAAGAUGUUGUUCCUGCUGCAGAUGUUGUUCCUACUGCAGAUGUUGUUCCUGCUGGUGAUGUUGUACCUGCUGCGGAUGUUGUACCCGCUGAAGAUGUUGUUCCUGCUCGUGAUGUUGUACCUGCUGCAGAUGUUGUUCCCGCUGCAGAUGUUGUUCCCGCUGCAGAUGUUGUUCCUGCUGGUGAUGUAGUACCUGCUGCAGAUGUUGUUCCUGUCACAGAAGUUGUGCCUGAUGAAGAUGUUGGUUCUGCUGCAGAGGUUGUACCUGCUUUAGAUGUUGAACCUGCUGCAGAUGUUGUUCCUGCUGCGGAUGUUGUACCUGCUGCAGACGUUGUUUCUGCUGCCGAUGUUGUUUCUUGUGCGGAUGUUGUUCCUGCUCCAGAUGUUGUACCUGCUGCAGAUGUUGUUACUGCUCCAGAUGUUGUUCCUGCUGCAGAUGUUGUUCCUGCUCCAGAUGUUGUACCUGUUGCAAACGUUGUUCCUGCUGCAGAUGUUGUACCUGCUUUAGAUGUUGUACCUGCUGGAGAUGUUGUUCCUGCUCCAGAUGUUGUACCUGCUGCAGAUGUUGUUCCUGGUGCAGAUGUUGUUCCUGAUGCAGAUGUUGUUACUGCUGCAGAUGUUGUUACUGGUGCAGAUGUUGUACCUGCUGCAGAUGUUGUUUCUGCUGCGGAUGUUGUACCUGCUGCGGAUGUUGUUCCUGCUCCAGAUGUUGUACCUGCUGCAGAUGUUGUUCCUGCUCCAGAUGUUGUACCUGCUGCAGACGUUGUUCCUGCCGCAGAUGUUGUACCUGCUGCAGAUGUUGUUCCUGCUCCAGAUGUUGUACCUGCUGCAAAUGUUGUUCCUGCUGCGGAUGUUGUACCUGCUGCAGAUGUUGUUCCUGCUCCAGAUGUUGUACCUGCUGCAGAUGUUAUUACUGCUGAAGAUGUUGUUCCUGGUGAAGAUGUUGUUAUUGCUGCAGAUGUUGUUCCUGUUGCUAAUGAUGUUGUACCUGCUUCAGAGGUUGUACCUGGUGUAGAUGUUGUACCUGCUAUAGAGGUUGUACCUUCUGCAGGUGUACCUGUUAAAUACAAUAUUCAAAGUAAAUACGAUACUAGUAAUACUAAUUUACUAUAUCAAAACGAGACAACAGCAAGAUAA